CCACGUCAGUGGCGAGCGAGGAGAGAGCGGAGCCCGAGCCAGUACAGGAUGUCGUCGAGCGCUACAAAUCUUCCUAUCGGGAGCGGCGAUGAACCGCCGGAGGCGGCGAGAAGAAUCGCCACGGCCGACUUGAUAGAAGAGGUGCGUCGGCACCCUUCGAUCUACGCCUCCAACUCCAAGGCGCCCCAACAGGCGGACUCCAGGAGGCGGUCGUGGGAGACGGCGGCGAGGAAUUUGUGCGGCGGGCAUUGGAAAUCCUACGGGGACGGCGAUAAAGACACCGUCGUCAAAGAGAUCCAAUUGAAGUGGAAAAACCUCAAGGACAACUACUACAGGAUAUUGAGGAAGGAGAGAGAGGAGGAGAUCCAAGGAGCGCCGUGCAAAAAGAAGAAAUACAUUCACUACGAUCAUUUGGAGUUUUUGAAACCGUUCGCUCCCUCUUCCAGGAGCUCCGGCGAUUCGAAAGAAGACAUGGAAAUGGAGGGUGGAAAAAACGCCUCGAACAUCAUCUACAUCGACGAAACGAACGAUUCCGAAGAGGACGGAACCCCAUCGAAACCGGUAAAAGUCCAUCAAACGACUUCUGUGACCCCCAUAGCGCCUCUGGCUGGUUUCGGAACGCUCCAGCCGGUCCAGUUCAUCCAGCUCCAAUCGAAUUCCGGCGUUAAUAGAAGCUCCGAUCCAGGCGAUCCAGACGGGGAUAAAUUGACCAAAGUACUGGAGAAACUGGCCAAGCAGCAGGAGGAGGAGAAAGCCGACGAUCCCAUGGGGAACAAGAAGUUCCUGCUGUCGCUGGCCCCGUUCCUCAGGAAGCUGCCAGAUGAUGUGAAUUUGGAGGUUAGGUUGCAGAUUAUGGCUGUUAUACAGAGUUAUGGGGUGAAGGAGUUGUUUUGAAUAUGAUUUGUUGGUACAGAAUCUUGCGAUUUCUUUAUGAUUCUUGGUUGAAUUUAAGCUGAUACAAUUAGUGUAGGUGGAAAUAAUGUUAAUGUAAAUAUUGAGAUUGUUUAAUAAAUAGUUUUUUAU